AUGGGUACGUAUAGGAAAAGAUUCAAUGAGAAGGCUAGGGCGGGCCAUAUGGCCAAGCUUAAAGAGCUGAAGAAAGUCAGAAAUAAACAGUACUUCAGACAUCUAGAAGAUGGAAAACAAGAUCAGUCGGAUGAGAAGGGAUCAGUUAUAGAGGAAAAUGAAGAUAGCAAUGCAGUGCUUUUGAAACCGAUGAGCAAAGAGGAAAAACAGCUAAAGAAGCGGAAAUUGGAGGAAUUGUUUGCACCCAAAGAAUCAAAGGUUUCGAAGCAGAAGAAGAAGAGGUUGGAGAAAUUCAUCGAGCAUCAACUGAAAAGAGAGGAGAAGAAGCUUAUCAUUGAGAAACUACAGGAUUACAAGAUAGAUACGUCCUUGAUGAAGCCUUUGAAAACCCUGGGACAGGGCAAACAAACAAAGAAAGAAGCAUUUCAAGAGGCAUUAAGCUUAGAAAGACAGGGAAGGGGUAAUGCGGAUACUGCCGAAAUUUUGUAUGAGGAGCACGAAACUAGAGAUUGGGACCAAGAUCAUGGAGGAAGUGAUGCUCAUGAAGGUGACGGCGAUAUCGAGGUUGACAAAGCUAAGCAGCAAUCGAGCUUUGUUGAUCGUAGGCCAGCCAGCGUGGGUGGUUCUGCUUUCGGAUUUGGAUUUUCCAAUGCUCAAGUUGUCCAUAAAAAGACGUCUAAACCCAAGUACAGUUGGAGACGGCGGAUUGAACUUGCUGAAAGGAAAAAAAAUGACUUGGAGGAUGAGAUGGAUUUCAGGUCGAGUUCUCAAGAGGAUGAAGAAGGCAGUUCACAAGGCGCUAGCGAUUCUGAUGAGCACAGCAGUGACAGUAGCACUGAAGCGCUUGAAGAGGGAGUGCAGUACUCAGCUGCCGAUGAUUUCAAAAAAUGGGCUAAUCAGCAGGUUAAACAGAUUGAGGGCCGUGAUGUAGAAAUUGUGAUGCCAAAACCAGCUGUCAAAUAUCAACCUGUAAUUAGAGAAGAAGAUUUGGAGGAUGGUCUGAUAGAAACAGUCAUACCUGUGGAUGAACAUUCGCAGAGGAAGGCUUUUUACGUCAAUGUAGCGAGGCCGGCUGAGAUACAAGAGAUCAGAAUGAAGUUGCCUGUUUUUGGGGAAGAACAUAGAAUCAUGGAGGCGAUCCACCACAAUGACGUCGUUAUAAUAUGUGGUGAGACCGGUUCUGGUAAGACCACUCAAGUGCCGCAAUUCUUGUACGAGUCCGGAUUUGGCAACGUUGAUUCACCAGACUAUCCGGGAAUGAUAGGUGUCACGCAACCGCGAAGAGUGGCAGCAGUUUCGAUGGCAAACCGUGUUUCAUCUGAAUUGGGCGAUCACGGGAGUAAAGUCGGCUACAAAAUUAGAUUCGAUUCUAACCUGAAGGAAGACACUAGAAUCGCCUUCAUGACUGAUGGUGUUCUGCUGAGAGAGAUGAUGAAAGAUUUUAGACUCACCAAAUAUUCAUCCAUCAUCAUUGAUGAAGCUCAUGAAAGAAAUAUAAACACUGAUAUAUUAAUCGGCAUGCUUAGCCGAUGUAUCAGGCUGCGUGCAAAAGAGCACGCCAAAGAUCCAAAGAAAAAUAAGAAACUGAAGUUAAUUAUCAUGUCUGCAACACUAAGAGUCGCUGAUUUCAGUGAGAACACUGCGCUAUUCUCCUCGCCACCACCCAUUCUGAAGGUUGAUGCUAGGCAGUUUCCCGUAGCUGUACACUUCAACCGCAGGACGCCGUAUGAUUAUAUGGAAGAAGCUUUCAAAAAGACUUGUAAGAUUCAUAGACGACUGCCUCCUGGAGCCAUCUUAGUAUUUUUGACAGGUCAACAAGAGAUCAAUCAAAUGGUAAAAAGAUUGAGACGAGAAUUCCCGUUUAGAAAAGAACAUAAAGUGCCCAAAGAUUUGGAAUCAAACACGAUAAGUGUCAAAAUCAACCCAAAAACUGCUGAUUUGGAAACAGAAGACGUUGAAUUCAGCGUAGAAAUCGCUGAUGAGGAAAAUUUUGAUGAUGAGCUGGGUUCAGAGGAUGACGGCGAAAACAAUUCCGAGGGAGAGGAGGGGUUCGACGAGUGUCUGGAAGAAGGUCAAACGGAGAAUGAUCCUUUGUACGUUUUGCCACUUUACUCCUUGCUGCCUACAAGUGAACAAAUGAAGAUCUUUAACGAACCGCCGACUGGUUCAAGACUCUGCAUCGUUGCUACUAAUGUUGCUGAGACUUCGUUGACCAUUCCCGGCAUAAAAUACGUGGUAGACUGUGGUAGAUCUAAGGAGCGCAAGUACAAUGAAGACACCGGCGUUCAGAGCUUUGAAAUUGGUUGGGUAAGUAAAGCCGGCGCAGAUCAAAGAAGUGGUCGUGCGGGGCGUACAGGUCCCGGUCACUGCUACAGGCUGUAUUCCUCUGCUGUUUUUGAACACGAUUUCGAACAGUUCUCACGUCCUGAGAUCCUAAGAAUGCCAGUUGAGAGUGUUGUACUGCAGAUGAAGAGCAUGGCUAUUCAAAAUGUCUUGAAUUUUCCUUUUCCUACCCCACCUGAGCGGAACUCUAUCCACAAGGCCAUGAACUUGCUUCUGCGUUUAGGUGCAUUGGAUUCUGCAGAGAGAAUUACAGAGGAUGGCAGAAUGAUGAGUUUGUUCCCAAUAUCUCCAAGAUUUUCCAAGCUUCUUCUAAUUUCUGAAGAGAAGGACUGUCUGCCAUAUGCAGUCACCAUCGUAAGCGCACUAUCUGUCGGUGAUCCCUUCCUGAAAGAGCAAGAGGUUGGUUUGAAGAGUGAAGACGCCGAAGAAGACAAUAGCGACGACAAAGAAAAAGAGAAAGCACUGAGAUCAAAGUACUUCAAGUGCAAGGCUCGUUUUUCUCGGUUAGAUAAGUACAGUGAUGUCUUCCGUCUAUUAAGCGCUAUCUGUGCCUUUGAUUUCAUAGCGAAGAAUGAGAGACCACGCUUCCUGCGUGACAACUUCCUCAGAGCCAAGUUCAUGGAUGAAAUUUUGAAAUUACGGAAACAGUUAAUGUACAUCAUUAAAUCAAGCACUCGGGAGGAAAACGUCGCCGCUACUGUCACGGACGGAGAUUUGAAAUGUGAUGUGCCACAAGAUAUUCAGCUCAGAUUACUGAAACAAAUGAUAUGCGCGGGCUUCGUCGAUCAGGUCGCAAUCAGAGCCGACUUCCUCUACCCAGAGGAAGUCCCCAUCACCAACAAGACCUCGAUUAUAAACAUUCCUUAUGUGCCUGUACUCGCUACAAAGACCCCUGAUAUUUCUGAGUGUUUUGUCUACAUUCAUCCGUCAUCCAUACUCACAAAUGCAGGCGAGUUACCUCCCAAAUUCCUCGUGUACCAUUCGCUGCAUCUCGGUAACAACGGCAAGACAAGAAUGAACUCACUGUGCGAUAUCAAGAGCACUCCUCUGGCAAACAUAGCGGGCAAGGGAUCAUUGGUAUCUUACAGCAAACCACUCUCAGGCCACGGAAUGAAAUCUAUAGACGUUUCGCCAUCUGAAAGGUAUUGCUACGUGAUUCCGAGAUUUGGUGCGACUGUCGACAGCGAUUUAAAAAUCGGAUGGGACUUAAACCCCGUUGCAGUCCACCAAAAGAGGAUCAAUGGCCAAUGGAAAGUACAGAAAAUCAUCCCAAACAAGAGCUACAGUGCCAUACAGCAGCAAACCAAGUGA